AACCGUUUCACGCUACACGCUACGGUACACAUGCGUUUUGAUGUUAUCUACUUACAACUGCUGAUCGGUGAAUGAAAAUAAUUCAUUAAUUAAUCUGUACCGUCUUUUUGGAUGCUAGAGUUUAAAAAGUUUUGUCAUUUGGCAACUACCUUACUGUAACACUAAAGUGAUAAAAAGAUAAUCCUACAUCACAAUGAAAACUAGGGGUCAAAAAAAUAAAAUAAAAGGGAAAAUCAAUUCCAAAAAUGAUAAGAAAAAGAGUCUUCAACCAGUCAAACUGGACUCAGAAAGCAUUUCUUCCAAUAAUAAUAGUCUUGAGGAAAUCCAAGAGCCUAAAACUGUGCAAGUUAAAAUAGAAGAAGUUGCAGAAACUUUUACUUGCAGUAGAUGUCAUAAAGUGUAUAAUACAGAAUCUGCCUUUCAAAAUCAUCUCUUUAUUAGUCACCCUACAUUAGGUACAGAAAAAUUUGUUUGUUUUAAAUGUGGUGAAUCUCAUAUAUCAAAGGAUGCCUUAACUUUACAUCAAAAUGAAGUUCAUAAUAUCAUAAAAGCUGAAGUUGAACCUGUCACUACGGAUCAAGAUGCUAGUCGGAAUAAAGUAAAAAAAUCUAGAUAUGAUGGGUCAACUCGUAUCAUGUGUGAAAGAUGUGGUAAAAUAUUUAAGACUAGUAGUGAUAUUAAAAAGCACAUUGAAUUUGUUCACAAUAAACAAAGAAAUUUUCCAUGUGAUCAGUGUAAAAAAGCAUUUACCACAAACUCUAAACGUAAUACACACAUCAAAGAAGUACAUGAAUUAAGAAGAGAUUUCAAGUGUCGCAUGUGUCCAAGCAAAUUUGCACGAAAGUUCAAUAUGAGAAAACACUUUGAACUUGUUCACCAAAAUAUAAAGAGAAUCAAGUGCGAGUAUUGCUUAAAAGAUUUUUCAUUUAAUAGUACUAUGCAUGAACAUGUUAGAAGCGUGCAUCAAGGCAUCAAGCGUCAUGAAUGUCCAACUUGCGGCAAAAAGUUUAGCCGAAAAUCUGAUGUAAAUAGGCAUUUAAGAACAACACAUAUUCCACUUUGUAAAGAGGCUCAUUAUGAAUGCGAUGACUGUGGUAAACUUGUUAAGAGCAAAGGCAAAUUAAAAAAUCAUAUACUGGUUGUUCACAUGGGGAUAAAAGAAUAUAGUUGUUCAAUGUGUGGUAAAAGAUUUACUCAAAGUGGAAAUCUUCAAUAUCAUCAAAAAGUUGUACAUCAAGGUAUAAAACCUUACAGUUGCACUCAAUGUGAUAAAUUGUUUGGAUCUAGAAGUAAUCUAAAAAAACACUAUCAAGUAGCUCAUGAUAUGUAUCUAACCACAGCUAUGCCUUAGAUAUAUUUUUUUUAUAUUUGUACAUAAUAAUGAAUUUAUAUACAAGAAAGAAAUUGUAAAGUGAAUUUAAUA